AUGCAAACAGCUUUACAUCUGUAUAUGGUUUACAUUGUGCUUUGAAAAUAUUGCAAUUAUUAAUUCACCGCAAUAAUACAAUAAAGUGUGUAUGCUCUUCACAUGCAUAUAUGGACACACAUUCAAGAACAUGCAACACAAAGUAAUUUCGGGGCCUCCAUUAUAACUCUCACAUUUAACUGCUGGCAGAACUCAAGUAACUUUCAAAACCACCAAGUUCAUACAAUCACUAAAGCGAUUGCAAAAACUGUAACCGCAGCCAAAUUGCAAAAAUUCAGCGGUGUGAAUUACUGACCAAAUAUGUCCAUAUGAAUGAAGAUCUAUCAGUAACAGAUUAACCAGCUUAAUGUGUACGUAACAGUCUCAGCAUGGUACAUUGCCACUGUCAAGUUUCAAAGUUCACAUAUGAACCUGGUUUUACGCUGCACACGUGGUUCAUAAAUGAAGUCUGAAUGAAAGAGGAAUUAAAGGAAAAAUAAGGUAAGUGACAUAAUAUGAAAUUAAUCUAAGCGUUUGAGCAUAUACAGCUUACAGGAAAAAAAAAGAAUAAAUCCUUGAUCAAGAUUUAUAAAAAGGAACACAACAUAUAUUAUUAUGCUACAGGAAAAUACAAUGCACAUCUAGACUGGUGAAUAACUGAUAACAACCACUUCACAAGGUAUAUUUUUUAAAAAGUAUUCUUAAAAAAAAAACGGGAAAUUGAUUAUUGAAAAAUCCACAAAAACCUCACUGUGAAUUCAGUAAGGAAGAUCAUCAUGUACAGUAUUCAAUGUAGCCAGUAACAAAAUUAGUAUGUUAAUAGCUCUCACAUGUUUGGCUUCAUACUGAAAUUGUUUCAAAAGAUUGAUUUGAGCAUGGAUUUAAUAUGAGGGAGAAAGCUUGAAGUGCACAUGCAAGAAUCCAAAUAAAUUAAUCACAGGAAAUCCCAUUCUAAAAUUAUCCAUGAGCUCUCUAUGAGUACCUAAACAUAGUAUCUGAAAAAAAAAAAAACCAACCCAAACCAAAAAAAAAGCUUCUGAAUUUCAGGUGUCACUGAUAACUUAAAAUCAACUACUUAUAUAGCAAUAUUGUUUUUCACCUGAAACACCUCUGAAUUUAUUUAAUCAGCCACAUUCCUGUUAGACAAUUUACGAGCACCAAAACCCCUUCAGGUACUGGAUUACAGAAAAAUACAAAGAGAAUGAGAGGGUUUAUUUAUGAACAAUUAUAGUAACUGGAAAUGAUACCCAUCUCCCCUCUCCAUCCACCAGUCUAUGCCUCUCUUGCCCACUAACUGUGCCACAAGUCUAUAAGUUUAUACAGUACGCAUAUCUGAAGUCAGUUUCACAUGGGGUUAGAACCUGCACCACUGCCUAUUUUAGUUGUUCCUUUUUUCAUUAAGACAUACUUCUUAUAAGUGUCAGAACGCUCUUUCAGAUUACUGUUUGAACUUUAGUGGUAGCUGAUGUAAGAUGCAUUCUAAAAUGUUCUCUGCUGUGAAAAAGUGCUCCUUACAAGCUACUUCUCCGACUAUCCAUUUUUUUUCUUAAAACCAAGAUUUACUUCCUGAAAUCUGGUCACUUAAUAACUGCAGUGUGCAUUUGGCACCAUUCUCUUCUUCCUCCAAUAGUUUUCCUCCUUUUCAUAACCUACUCUCCCUGCAUACCAAUGCUGUUUCCCAUGGUUGUUUCCCAACUCCUCCAUUCCCUCCCCUCCCUUUUCUGUUGUCUCUCCUUAGCUUUAUCUACUCUACUUGUUGCUGAAACUCUUCUUACAUCUGAUUAUUUCCCAGCUCUUCAGUUUCUGCCAGUGUAGGAGUGCACCCUGUUAGGUUGCUCUUCUACCUGUGACACCUUCCAUGGGGACUUCUUAUUUCUUAGGAGCAGACUGGGAAGGACAGCAAAGAUCUGCCCUGGGAUCAGAGGCAUAUGUGCUGUACUGAAUGUCUACCUACACCACACACUCCUUAAAACAUUUCAGGCAGGACAGAACACUCAAAAGAUAUCUAGCAAAUUUUGCUGUUUUUUAAGGUAUCUAAAACAGCUCAUGGUAUUUUUUCUUCACUUAGUGACAAGUUUGUGGAUAAAACAUAGACAAUGACAGAAAGCAAUGAGAUGACCAUCAACCUUGUUGUCCUUGGAAGAACUCAGACUGGCAAAAGUGCUGUUGGGAACAGCCUGCUGGGCAGCGCAGACUUUGAGAGUCAUCUCUCCCCAAGCUCUGUAACUACAUGCUGCAGUCUUGGACGCAGCAGCCGCAUUUUGGGGAUUAUACGAAGAAAUGGCUGUGAGCUAGCUCUCCGUGUUCGAGUACUUGACACUCCAAGCUACCCUCACAGUGCUCUGAGCAAAGAGCAGGUGAGAGACACAGUGAGAUCUGCCCUGGCUCACCACUUUGGGGAGGAAGGCCUGCAUCUAGCUCUCUUGGUCCUGAGGGCUGACUUGCCUCUGUGUCCAGAUGAAAAGGAUCACAUAAUUCAGUUUAUCCAGGAACUUCUGGGUCCCACAUGGAAGAAUUUCACUGCAGUUCUACUUACUCAUGCAGACAAGGCAGAAGAGGCUGGAUUCAGUGAGGAAGCAUACUUGCACAGUGCCUCAAGUACCUUAUUGUCGCUUCUGAGCUCAGUACAAGAUAAAUACAUUUUCCUAGACAACCAGAAGAGCAUAAUUAAAGAGGAAAGAGCUAUUGUCUUAAGAAAGCUCUUGAAUUUUAUAAGACAAAAUAAUUAUCAAGUGCUUCUACUUAAACACAGAAAGGAAUAAAAUUAGCUUCCAGAUCCUCAUCUGUCUAUUUUCUAUGGUAGGUAACAUUUAACAGAAGAGUAGAAGCCAUCAACUGGAAAAUUCCAUAUCCAUACUAAAUACUUCUGAACACACAGUUGGAAAUAUCUCUUUAGAUUACCAAACUACUUGCCUUUUACAGAGUACUUCACCCUACUGCAGUGAGAAUCCUACCUUCAACCACAAAAAUCAGAGCAAGCUAAUUCUCUAAAUCACAAUCCUAAUAUGUGUGCAUGCAGUCACAAAUGAGAUUUUAUGCUACACCAGAUUGUAUAUUGCAGCUCAUACAGAACACAGAUCUGUGAGGAAAAAAAGAAAAAAAAAAUUAAAAUGCACAAGUUCAGACGAUAAGGAAGCCUCUUUGCUCAGUUCAAGCUGUCAGAAGUUCCUGUGAAUUCCAGUUUGUAAAGAGUUUUCCAGUAUCAAAAGCUAAAUUUUAUCUACUGUAAAAGUACUUCUUUACCUUGAUUCAGGAUUAGUUAGAAUUGAGGUUUUGAACUUCAAGAAUUUUAUUCAAUAAAGACAUUAUUGGAUAUGUAGUUUAUAAGGCAGAUAAAACAGUUCCCAUAUGAUGAAUGCUAUUCAGCACAUUUAAAAGAACUAAUUACUACUGCUUAUUCCCAGAUGCAAGAAAAAUUAACACAGUUUAUAGGCACAUACAAAACUCAUUUGAAAAAGAAAUCUGUUCAUCUCUUCUUUUGUGCCUGUUCCUUUUAAUUUUAUAUCAUUGUCUUUUUUUUUUUUUUUUUUUUUUUUUUUCAAAGCCUGAAAAAUUCAUAGUGGUUAAGUUACUUUUAUUUCAGUGGCUAAAAAAAGCGCUUACUGUUUCAGUGGUUAGAUAGUAACCAGUUAAUUAUCAUAUGCCAAAAUAUCUGAAGUAUCUCAAAAUAGUUACUUAGAAGUUUUAUUGUAAAUUGAUCUAAAAUAGUUAUUUUCAGAUUAUUAAAAGGCAGGAAUUAAAAGUAGUAAUUUGAGGCUAUUAUGAUAUCAACCAUGACUACUUGUACUACAUUAUUAUGGAAUAAUUCUAACUGUAAAACCUAAAGAAGCUAUUUCUGUUAAAACCAAAGCAUCUUUUGCAUACAAUUGCAUAAAAGUACAUUAAAACAAAAAAAUCAAUUCAUUUUAUACCUGUUUGGGCACUGGAAAUGGUGGGGGGUUUUUUGGGUAGUAUUUGACUAGCUCUGGCAAUAUAUUUGCUAUACAUUCUUUCUUAGUAGUACCUAUCAUUUGGAAGGAAAUAUAUAGGUGGAGCAGAUGAAGAACUUUUUUAGCAAAGUGCCAGCUUUGAUCUUACUGACAGUAUAACAGCUUCACUGUGGGACAUGUAAGUAUGUCCAUUUGUAUAUCUUAAGGCAUAAAGGUUUAAUCUUUCUAUUACAACAGUUUGAAGACUACUCAGACAACACAGCAAGUUGCAAAGACUUAUAUCUGAAAACUGCUUGGAAGAGGAGGAGAAAAACUAACAAAAGGUGACUAAAAGAAUAAGGACAAUUGUGGCCUUCACUGACCAACUGCUACUCCUACACUUCUUGAAGAGCAGUUAGCACAUGGCAGAAAUUUUUCCUUAUUGAGAUGCUCUCACUUCAUAGAUCCUCUAAACCUUUUAGCUGUCCAGAAAAUAUGCUUGCCUGCCUGUAUUUCUACCAUGAACAAGCCUUCAUUUAAUAGACUUGAGCACUGAGUGGUUAAUGACUCGUGACAACACUUAAGCACAAUGACA